UAUGUUUAGACAACUAAGAUUACACACUUUCAAAUGUUUAUAAACAAUCAGAUAUGUGGUAGUGCUAGAAUCUAGACUAGAUCUAGAUACCGAUUCUUGAUCAACUUGUUAUCAAAAGAAUCUAGAUCUAGAGGUUAUAGACUAUUCAUUAGUCAAACAAAAUGUCAAACCCUUAUUUUCCUUCUUCAUUACCUAGAGUGGAGGAUUCUCUGUGGUUCAGCAUUGACAAGCCGAGAGAUGAUGAAAACGAACUUGCUCUGCUAGAACAGAAACAUCAAACUUGGAUGAUUGCUAUUGCACAGAAAGAUAACAACAUUGUUCCUAUUGGCAAAUCAUCCGAACAUUUGGAAGAAGAAGAGGAAGAGGACGAUGAAGAGGAGUGUGAGGAGGAAGAAGAGAGUGAUACAAAUGAUGAUCCAGAUACAGACAUGAUGGAUGAAAGAGAUUCAAAUGACGAGGCUAGUACAUAUUAGUUUGACUUGAAAGUUUUGUGGAAGUCUGUGAGCUGCAUACAGCGAUCUACUUUAUCUUGUACAUAGGGAUAUCAGAGUAUGAAUAUUUAUUGGAAAGAUUGUACUUAUAAUUAUGGUUUAAAUGAUUAUGAUUGUGUCUUGGACUGGUCAAGUUUUGUUUCAUGUUUCACCGUAGCUCAAUUCUAAAAUGUCUAGUGAGAAAUGGAUUUAUGAAUAAACAUGUUUCACUUCA